AUGUCAGUCAUGAAGCCCUAUUUAAUGACCAUUUCCAUCCUUCUGAUCCUGGUUCAUAAGACUCCAGGUGGCCUGUUCAGAUCCUACUAUGGCAAGAGCCAGGAGCAUUGGAAUCCAUGCCACCUCUACCAUGGCAUGUGCAGAAACACCUGCAGAAAAGAGGAAAUUCAAUACCUAACCUGCCGCAAUGAUCAAAAGUGCUGCCUGAAACUUCCUGUGAAAAUAACCAGUUCUAACAAUGUGAAAAAGAGCAACUCCAAUUCCAACUUGUCAGCUACAAACACUUAA